AAGAGCAAAUUGAGCAAUAUCAUCAUAUUUCUUGGCCUAUAAGUUCAAAAACUUCUCAAUUGAACUUGUUUCAACCAAGCAUGAAGAACUCUAAUAAGCACUUAUUAUUAUUUUCUUUUAUGCAAAUAAUUUUUAUUCUUUGCUUGCUAUAUUUCACAACAAAAGUUGAAGCUUUAAACAAAAAAGUCUCUGGCUUUUAUGUUUUUGGAGAUUCCACAGUAGACCCUGGAAACAAUAACUAUAUAAACACACCUUUCAAAGGAAAUUUUCCACCAUAUGGCAUAGAUUUCCCAAACAAUGUUCCUACUGGAAGAUUCUGCAAUGGAAAAUUAUCCACUGAUUUCAUUGCUUCUUAUGUAGGUGUGAAAAAAGAGCUUCUUCCAGCUUAUUUGGACCCAAGAAUUAUCACAAAUGUGGAAGAGCUUAUGACAGGAGUUAGUUUUGCUUCUGCUGGUUCUGGUUAUGACCCUCUUACAGUAUCAAUUGCUAAUGUAAUUCCAAUACCAAAACAGUUGGAAUAUUUCAGAGAAUGCAAAUUAAGGCUAGAAAGUGUGCUUGGUAAACAAGGAACUGAAAAUCAUAUCAAGAAGGCAGUGUUUUUCAUCAGUGCUGGUGUCAAUGAUUUUGGUCUUAAUUAUUUUACUCUGCCAAUAAGAAGAAAAAGUUUUACUCCCAUAGGCUACCAGCAGUUUGUGAUCCAACAUGUGAAAGAAUUUUUACAGGGUUUGUUGGCAGAAGGAGCUCAAAGAAUUGCAAUAACUGGAGUACCUCCAAUAGGGUGCCUACCCGUAAUGAUUACCUUGAAUUCCCCUAAUCCAUAUUUGCAACGUGAUUGUAUACAACAAUUUUCCUCCACAGCUAGAGACUACAAUCGUCUCCUUCAAAAUGAAUUACAAGCAAUGCAAUUGCAGCUCAAAUCAUCUAACUCAAGUGCUAAGAUCUUUUACAUUGACAUAUAUGAACCCCUAGACAACAUGAUUCAAUCACAUCAAAAAUUUGGAUUUGAAGAUAUUGAUAGUGGAUGUUGUGGAAGUGGAAUCAUUGAAGCAACAUAUUUGUGCAAUAAGUUUUCAAAUUUGUGCCCUGACCCAUCUAAGUAUAUGUUUUGGGAUUCAAUUCAUCCCACAGAGAAAGCAUACCACAACCUUUUCUUGGCUUUCCAACCCACCAUUGAUUUCAUCGUCAACAACUAGAAUCAUGAGUUCUUGG